ACUUGACAUAAAAAAGUUGGAACCAAAAAUAACCAUUUAGUUAAUUCACUUGAUACUCCGAGUUAACUUUUAGAAUAGAUUUUAACUUUUAACUUUGAUUAGUUUUAAUUGAACUUUUUCUUCUUCUUCUUCUUCUUUACAACGUGUAACCUUUAUGUUUAUUUUAUCGUAAUUUAAAUCAUGUUAUUUGGAUUUGGAAUUGCAAAUGAGAGACGGAAUUAAAUUUCUUGGGCAAUUUAAGUUUUCUAUUAAAAGUUAACCUUUGAUCGUUGAAACUUUCGUCGCCCUUUCAACGCAUUUAAACAAUUAUGAGAGUGACAAUGUUGGUAACGAUAUUGAUGAUUGUUUUAGUUCAUCUGAAUGAAAUUGUUUCAGCUCAUUGGAGUGACGAAGGUCAAACGGGCAAUGGUCUGGGUAAAUUGUCCGCUCUCGAUGUGAUCUGUGGUAAAGAUCAUAUGACAGUUCGAGCUGAAUUUGCUGGUCCCUUCCACGGGAUAGUGUUUUCCAAGGGGACUUAUGGUCAAGACAAUUGUGUUUACAUAAAACCCUAUUCAGGAGUGACCCAUGCGACAUUUAAAGUUUACUAUGACCAGUGUGGUACUAAGCCCGAUCUUCAAAGUAAAUAUUAUGAAAACACUGUAGUUAUUCAAUAUGGAACUGAUAUUAUCGAAGCUUGGGACGAAGCGAAAAGACUUCGCUGUGAAUGGUUUGAGGCUUAUGAGAAACCGGCCACUUUUCGUCCCGCGAUUCCUGUUGCUGAUCUUGAUGUGGUCGAAAUGAAUUUCCAAGGAGAUGAUAUCGAUUGUUGGAUGGAAAUUCAAGAAGGUAAAGGUCCUUGGGGCCGUGAGGUGUCGCGAAUUGUGCCUGUUGGUCAACCAAUGACCAUUGUGAUCGCAAUUAAUGAUUAUGGUGGUGAAUUUGAUAUGAGAGUUAAAUCAUGUUUCGCUCAUGAUGGAGUCAAACCUCCUAUUCAAAUGACUGACGAACAUGGUUGUGUCCUUCGACCUAAAAUGUUGACCAAAUUUGAAAAGGUCAAAGAUCCAAAUGGUAAAGCAACCGUCAUCUCUUAUUCGCAUUUCUAUGCAUUCAAGUUCCCCGAUUCGAUGAAUGUUCAAAUCCAAUGUACAGUUGAAGUCUGUCGACAUGGUUGUCCCGAUGCCUGUCAAAAGACACCAUAUCAACACAAACCCGACAAACAGUUCAAACAACAAGUUUCCUUUUCAUAUACUCAACGAUCAUCCCAACCAGCGCUCCAAAGCUCCAGUAGCCAUCAUCAUGUUGCUCCAGUUCAAAAGGAAUCAACUAAUGUACAAGAUUUACACGGAUUAGCAUCGAGUGAUUCAUCUUCUUUGCCUUCAUCCUUUGUCUCAUCAUCUUCACCACAAGUGAUUCCUUCAUCAACUCCAUCGCCACCAGCACCAUCUUCAUCUUCUGAUCAUGGAUCAGGUCAACAGUAUUUGUCUAAAGGCUUCGAUUCUAAACGAUUAGCCGUCUACUCAAAAGACGAAGCUAAAGUUUCUAAUAGCUCAUCACCUUCAUUUGAUAACAAUCAGAAUACUGGAUCAGUAGAUCUUGGUGAUAAUAAUUCUGAUAGCAAUGAAGAUGAAGCUCCGAUUGAUGAAGAAGAGUCUAAAUUUUCAAAAGAAGGCGAUUAUCAAGCUCAACCUUCAAACGAUCAGAAAGUUGUUGUUCCUCAAACGCCUCAUCACCCACCGCCUUCACUUUCCUCUCCUUCAUCUGAAUCAUCUCAAUCUUCAUCGUCAUCCGCCUCAGAAGGCGGCGAAGAUGAUAAACCCGUUUUCGUCCAUGACCAGAAUGGACCAAAAGAAUCGAUAUUUUCUAAACUAGCCAACGAUAAUUACGACAAAGCCGCUGAACUGUUCAAAGAUCUCGGUGUUAAUGUUGAUAUUGCCAAAUUUGCCUCCGGGUUCAUCCAUGGAAUUGAUUCAAAUAACAACAAUGAACAAAAUAUCGCCUCGUUAUUGGAAAAUAAUAAAGUGAGAGACAUUGUUGAAGCCUCGGGAAUCAAUUUGAAGGAAUCUAAUCAUCUAAUUCCUCAAGUACAACCAUUAAUUAGUAAACCAAUUAAAGAUACUAAUGGCGGCAGUAAUGAUGAGGAAGAGCAUUUAAAUCCUGAUGAAUUAUCUGUCAUCGCAGGAAAUUCUGAACACUUGACAUCUCCAGUUCCAACAUCAUCUUAUCCUUAUUCAUUAUUGAAUAAUAAUGGAAACGCUAAUAAACAAGAAACAGGUCAUCAGCAACAAUUUAAGCAACAAGCAAAUGAACAAUUUAGAGAAACUUCAACAGCAGGAACUCAAAGUCAAAUUAAUCAAAAUGGUCCGGAAAAAGGUCAAUUAUCAGGGAUUAAUAAUCUAAAUAAUAAUAAUAACAUAAUUUCCAAUCAUCAAAGUUCAUCUUCAAUCAGUUCAUUGAAACCCACAAAUUCCGGUAUCAAAGUGAAUCAACAUGAUAAUCAGAAUGUGAGACCUGAUAAGAAUCCUGAGCCUGAAGCACCAACGGGAUUGAACCUUGAGAAUCCGGUUGCCCAAGUUGUCCCCUUACAAUUAGGGAUCGGUCCAAUCAAUAGUUUUGUCCCACCUAAGUUUCAACCAAACUUGAUGCCUCCUCAGCCUCAGGGAGGAUCACAGCAACAUCCUCAUCCUUUAGUUCAUCAACAACACAAACAGAAGCCAAUUCAUCAUUCACUUCACCCUCAACCUCAACCUCAACUUCAUCCUCAUCCUCAUCCACAUUCACAACCAAAACCACAACUUCAACCACCGCAUCUGAAUCAUCAUCAUCACCAACAACAACAACAAAGACCAAUAAUAAUCGACGGAAUCCAAUUGCGACCUCAGCACCAACCCCAUGGAUCUCCACAUGUCCACCAACAACAACAACACCCACCACAAUUAAAUCUUCAACAACGUCCACCGAAUCUCCCUCUUCAUCGAGCCGCUUCUCUGUUGGCCAAUUUCGCCGGAUUAUCUAAUUUAAAUCUUCCUUUUUUAACUUCUAUUCAACGUCAAGAUAAUCAGCGAAACAUUAAUCACCCUCCGGUUCCUUCAGGCCCAAUUUCGGCGACAUCGGCCUUCCCUCAUGGCCCUCGAUCUUUCCGAUCUAAAAGGUCACCCUCGUCCGAACCCAUUGUAAGUGUGAAAAAGGGAUUUCAAGUUGUCACCUCAAUCGAUCUUGAUUUCAAUCCCAAUUCAACCGAAUUACCGGAAAUUUAUGAAGGUCGACGAGAGGAAAUCAUCUAUGGUGUUUGCAUGCCCUUCAACGGGCUAAUUGCUUCACUUGUAACUAUCAUCGCAAUAAUUGUCUUUUCACUAAUUUCUUCAUUUGUUUUAAUAAGAAGAAUCAAUAAGCUGAGAAAAGAGAAAAUUGAAUUUUCUUGAUCUUUUUCAUUUCUAAAUAAUUAAUUUAUCUUCUGUAAUCUAUUAAUCGUAUCACAUGAAAAAAGAAACUGUUUCAUUUUCAUAUCAAA